AGUUACCGUAAUAAAACCCCUUCUUAGCUGUAUUAUCUUUUCAUACCUGUAUUCCUGUAUAUAGGUGUUGUAACCUGUGGAUGGGUUUCGCCAUUAGCUAUUUAUUUAUGGUUCAGUUUUUAUCGAGCCGCUAAACAAUUUCCAAACUAAAUUAAAACGAUGCUGUUCAUAUAGUGGUAGCCUUGUAUUUGAUUAUAUUUUGAUUGAAAGUGGACAUGAAGAGACUUUGUUGCAUCUUGUUCAUGAUGGUCAUUGAAUGUUUUGCUGGUGAACUAGUAUACACAGACUGCAACAAGAACCAGCACGUGCUGCAUGUCAGUUCUGCGAGCUUGAGCCCAUACCCGCCAAAAGUACCUGGUAACCUGACAGUUUCCGGUCAACUUGAACUUGGCAAAAAUAUAUCCGGUAACAUUCAACUUGACGUCAGCAUUCAUAAGAAGGAACUUUUUCUCUGGAUCCGUGUCCCUUGUGUAUUUAACGUUGGAAGUUGCACGUAUGAUUUCUGCAGCUUGUUGGCUUCAAAUUUCGUUAGCAACGGGAAAGCAUCAUGUCCUCCUGAUCUGACAGCACAGAAAUUCUCCUGCACAUGCCCAAUACAAGCUGGAACAUACACGCUUAAACCAGUCGUAAUACAAAUUCCAAAAAUAUCAAGCAUAGUUUCCGAUCUGAUAUCGGGAGACUACAAAGUUGAUGCAAAACUUGUAAAUAAAGAUACAGGAGAGCAGUUAGGAUGUUACCAUGUUGAAAUAACUUUAGAUCAUUCCUGUUCAGGCUUUGGAUGUAUUCUUGGAUAAUGUACUGCUAUCAACUAAAUCAAUAUGUUUAUCUUAUUGUUUAAUGAAUCUAAAUAGAUAAUUUAAUUCGGGAA